AUGGUGUUGCGCAACGCAGAGGAGACUGGGUCAGCCAGCCAGGCGCUGCUGGAAAGGAUCCAGGACAGCUGCCAGGCUGCCCUGCGCAUGGGCGAACAGCUUGGCAACAAGCGCCAGGCCCUGAAUGAGGCAGAGGCUCGGGGUGCACAGACGCACGCUGAGGCACGGCGGGUCCAGGCCGACAUCCUGGCGGCUGCGGCGGCUGGGGAUGCCGCGGUGCAUGAGACGCUGACAGUGCACAAGGCACUCCAGGCGCAGCAGGACGCGCUUGACAUGGUCCUUACUCAGCUUCACGCGGCAUCGCAGCGUGCAGACCGCGAGGAUGCGAGGACAGCAGCCCUGCGGACCCGACUGCAGGCGCAGGGUGCGUGGCAGAGCCAGUGGGAUGCCGGCAUUCGAAGCGGCGCUGAGGCGGCAGAGUCGGCCGAGAAGUGGCUCCGGCAUCUGGAAACCAUCGUGCUGCAUGAUCUCGAGCGGCAGGCGGCGGACUUGGAGGCACGGCUGACUGGUGCUGAGGUGGCGGGCAGCAGACUGACGGCACGGCUGGAGGAUGUGUCGGCCAAGGUCAAGGCACUGGAGGCCUACCAGGGAGCUCGGUCAGGGCAGCAGGUGAGGAGGCAAUGUCCCUGA